ACAAGCACAGCGCAAGCAGCCAGCAGCGGUGCUUCUUCCUCCGAUUUCCUCGAGCUCUCGCGCGCUUCCCUUGCUCGCCGCCUAACCCAUCCGACCAUCCCAUGGCUUCCUCCGCACCUGCGGCUGCGGCUCCGUCUGGGGCCGUGCCUGACGCCUGCUCCCACGCCAAGAGCGGGUUCCGGCCUCUCGCUGCCGCAUGCCAUCGCAAGCCGCACCGGCCUCGCCCUCGCCCGCCGUGGGCUAGCUAGGCUAGGCGUCCCCCGCUCCGACCCGCGAGGCCAAACCGACCCGAUGGAAGCCGCGACCAACGUACCGGCCAAGCCACCGCGCGCCAUGACCAUGAUCCCCCCAAAACCCCGAGCCGCCGCCCAAUCCCCAAUCCAAUUCCUAACCGCCUUCCAUCCCCUCCGCCGCUGGCCUCCCGCUCUAGGUCGCCACCCCUCCCCCUCUUCUUCUUCCCCUCCACCUCCAUUUCGUUCCCGAAAUUCGCCAUGGCACAGCCGCCGCCUCCCGGCAACGGCGAGGGCGAGGGCCCAGCGCGCGGUCCCCGGAAUGGGGCGCCGCGCCCCGCCGCCGUUCGGGACCACCCGAAGCUCGCGGGAGGGCGAGGAGGUGUCGCCCUGACGAGGUCCCCGUCCGUGUGCGGUGGCCCCGUCGCGCCAUGGGGCGCGGCCCCCAGCGCCGCUCCCUCGGUCCCGGCCGAGGUCGUCCACCUCCAACCGGGCUUCUUCCAUGCUACGGGUGGCCCGGUCCAUGGCGGGGGCGGUCACGCGGGGUUCAUGGUCGUGCAGGCCUACCCCUACGCGUCGUUCGACGGCGGCGUCGCUUACCCCGCCGCGCCAUGGGGCACGGGGCACGCACCCGUGUUCCAGGGGCCGGCGUCACCGUACGGCGGCCCCGUCGCGCCAUGGGGCGUGGGGCAAGGCCCCGUGUUCCUCGACGACGCGGCCCGCGGCGCCGCGCCCUGGGUCCCGGCCGAGUUGGCCCACCUACAACCGGGCUUCCUCCAUGCUGAGGGUGUUCCGGUCCACGGCGCGGGCGGCCACGCGGGGUUCGUCGCCAUGGACCCGCUUCACGGCGCUGGCCCCGCGGCCGUCCAGCUCUGGGACGCGGGGUACGGCGCCGGGGUCGUCCCGUUCCCAGGGGGCGCGGGCGGCAUGGCCUACCCCGCGGAGGCGUUCGCGGGGGGCGUGGCGUACCCCGCGCACCACAUCGUCACCAACAUCAGUCCGGGAGCCUUCAACGUCGAGGGUGGACCCGCCCACGUCCACGUCCCCGCGUUACUCCACGGCGUGGCCGGCGUCGUGGCUCCCUGGGUCACCGGCGAGGUCGUCCACGUGCAGCCCGGCGUCCUCGCUGGCUCCGCCCAGAACACUCUGUACGAUGUCUACGGUGCGGCUGCGCACGGCGGGCUCCUCGGCGGCUUCAACCCGUUCGUCCGCGGAGCGACCGAGCCCGGCGUGUUCUGGGAUCUGUCCGGCCUGCGCUUCCCAGGAAGCGCGGCGGACGAUCCCGAUCUCCUCUUCGGCGGCGCCGUCGGCGCGUUCGUUGGCGGCGUUGCCUACCCCACCUCGUCGAGGGAUGCGGGGCUCGGCAUCGGCCUCGGCGCCCAGGUGUUCGCAGGCGGCGUCGCCUACCCCGCCGCGUCCUGGGGCGCGGGGCUCGGCCUCGGCGACCAGGCGUUCGCAGGCGGCGUCGCCUACCCCGCCGCGCCCUGGGGCGCGGGGCUCAGCCUCGGUGCCCAGGCAUUCGCCCACCCCGGUGACCAACCCUUCGUGGCCGGCGCAGGCAACCCGCACGCGUUCUGGGUCGCCGGUCGCGGCGGUGGGCAGCCAUCGUCUUCUUCGACCUCGGGCCGCCUCGACGGGUUUGGAGCCCCGGUGAAGUGGCACACCGCCUGGCGUCGGGAGCUAGCCGUGCCACCAUGGCGCGGUGGCGAGCCGGCCGACAUGAUCCCGGCGUACAGAGGGGAGCGCAACGUCCUCGGUGCUGGCGGCGGCGGCGUCCAGCGUGGCCAAGCUGGGCUCCCUCCCGCGCCCGUGCGAAGGUGUGGCAUUGGCCGUGCAGGCCGGGGCCACGGCGCGCCACCCGUUGCGCCUGCAGCAGUCCCAGCGCCGCGCCCAGCCCAUGUGCCGCGAGCACUCCCUGCCGGUGCUGCCCGUCCUCAAACACCUGCGGGCCAAGGCAGGCAGGCGCGCCGUAGGGAGGCGCAGCAGCGGCUGGCAUACCAGCCUCCUCCUCAAGAAGCCGACCACGACCCCGCUACGCGUGUGGUCCGACCCCCAGAAGGCCACGGCGUCUUCAGGACAGCGCAAUAGUCGCCGCAGGUAACACACGCCUGACCGAGAUUUACGAUACAAUGGUAGAGAUAUUCGAGUUUAUCCGCGGCGUAGUCAGCAAGCGCAAGGAGCUCAAGGAAUCUGCUGAUGCUUCGAUGGAGUGGGCACCGGUAGCUCCCAAGAUCCGACAACUCAAUAUGUUGAUUGAGGAGCGGUUGUCGGAUUACGAUAGGCUUGCCGAGGGUGCGGUGAGCAAAAGGACUAGGAUCAGGCUUGACGGCGGGCACCCCGUUGAGCCGCCUGCUCUGCUCUCGGACCACCCGAGAUCCAUGUUGGGAAAGAAGGUCUAGACGACGACAAGAAACGAUUAGGAGAGUUAGUGCCGUAACCUCAUUUGGCUUGGGCUCAAACUCUGUAAUAGCUAUUAGCUAUUUGUCCAAUGGUCUUUGUGUCGUGGGCCGUGAGCGGCACCCUGGCCAACCUGCCGGCCUGUGGCGGGAUUAAGACCUCUGGACCAGUCGAUGGUGUGCAGCUCAGGCCAACACCGUGGCUAUCCUUUGGUUUUCAUGCAGUGGUUGUGCAGUUAGAGGAAUUGCUGUCAAUGGUGUGUAAUUGUUCCGAGAGCAAGUGUCAAUCUUAUCAUGGCGCUGUUUUUGUAGAAACUCAAGAACCCAAAUUGAGUUACAGACUGCACAUGGAGUUUGUGAUUAUGAGUGAAGGGGUCCUACUCAGGCCAAUUGCUUGGCCAUCUUUCUGUAGGUAUGUGACUGCUGUGCACUUGCAGAAACCACUGACACCGAUUCUCAUUGUUUCCAUUACUAGAGUUUAUAUGUUGUCUACAUGGAUUUUGCUUCAAAGAUA